GGAGCGGGAACCCGUCACGGUGACGUCAGCCCUCGCUGAUCCAACAUGGCGGCCGCCGUGCAGCGUAGCUGAGCGACGAGAAGAAACCAGUUCUAAUUGAAGUUUCUCAGCUUUUCUCCUUCUGUUUCUGCUCGGACCCUGAAGCAGCAGGAUGCCCGGGAAAAACGGGGACCACUUCAAACCGGGGGACCUGGUCUUCGCCAAGAUGAAGGGCUUCCCUCACUGGCCGGCCAGGAUCUGCAGGCUGGAGGACGGCAGCAGGAAGCGGGUCCCGGUCUUCUUCUUCGGGACGCACCAGAUAGGCCUCCUGCCCCCCGAGAACAUCGUUCCCUACUUGAGGAACAAGACGAAGUACGGCAGCGGCGUCCGCAUCCGAGGCUUCAGCGAGGGGAUGUGGGAGAUCCAGAACACGCCGAGGGUCGGCAGCAAGAUGCAGCUACCAGGAAAGACCAGCACAAACACCACAGCUGCCGGACCAGAUCCUGCAGCUAAAAGUAAAGCUGCAACUGUGAAACCAACUCCUGCCGCUAAACGUGGACGUGGAAGACCACCUUCCUCCAAUCAGGCUACACCUGAGAAACAAGCUGCUGAGACCAAACCCAGACGUGGAAGACCCGCCUCUUCCAAUCAGGCUACACCUGAGGAACCAGCUGCUGAAACCAAACCCAGACGUGGAAGACUACCUUCUUCCAAUGAAGCUACAUCUGAGGAACCAGCUGCUGAGACCAGACCCAAACGUGGAAGACCGCCUUCUUCCAAUGAAGGUACAGCUGAGGAACAAGCUGCUGAGACCAGACCCAGACGUGGAAGACCACCUUCUUCCAAUGAAGCUACAGCUGAGGAACCAGCUGCUGAGACCAGAUCCAGACGUGGAAGACCCCACUCUACCAAUGAAGCUACAGCUGAGGAACCAGCUGCUGAAACCAGACCCAGACGUGGAAGACCCCCCUCUUCCAAUGAAGCUACAGCUGAGGAACCAGCUGCUGAGACCAGACCCAGACGUGGAAGACCCCCCUCUUCCAAUCAGGCUACACCUGAGAAACCAGCUGCUGCAACCAAUGAAUCUGCACCUGAGACCCCAACUGCUGAUACCAAACGCAGACGUGGAAGACCCCCCUCUUCCAAUCAGGCUACACCUGAGAAACCAGCUGCUGCCACCAAUGAAUCUGCACCCGAGACCCCAACUGCUGAGAACAAACGCAGACGUGGAAGACCACCUUCCGUCAAUGAAUCUGCACCUGAGAAACCAGCUUCUGAUACCAAACUCAGACGUGGAAGGCCACCUUCCUCCAAUGAAUCUGCACCUGAGACCCCAACUGCUGAGAACAAACGCAGACGUGGAAGACCACCUUCCUCCAAUCAGGCUACACCUGAGAAACAAGCUGCUGCAACCACCUCCAGACCUGAGAAACCACCUCCUCCCCCUCCCCCUGUUGAUUGUGCAUCAGGUGAACCAGCUUCUGAGGAACUUGAAGCUGCCAAGAGUAGACCCGAGCUUGACACCAAACCAUCUGCUGGCACCAGUACUCCAAGCAGAGUCGCACCUGAACCAGAAGUUGGAGGUGCGACCAGAGCCUCGUCCAGAUUAGCUCCAGAUCAAACGGAAGGCUUAAAGCGGACCACAGAGACUUCAGAACCCGCCUCCACGGCCAGAAGUGGAGAAGAACCGAGCAGCGACCCCUCUGAAGGAAGUGGAAGGAUGGUCUCUGCUGAGAACAUAAGAACGGUCCCAGAUGACAAGGAGAAGAAGAAACCUGCUAGUGUCCUCUCAGAGACGACUCCUAGAGGGGGGAAGGAGAGACGAGAGGUCAGGGGGAACAGAGAAAAGGGGGAUGACGGGAAGGAAGAGGACAAAAAUACAGGUCAGGACAGCAGUGAAGGACAGGAAGAAGAGAUUCCCAAGACGAGAGCAUCAAAAAGAAGAAAGGAGGAGAACAAAAGUGAGGAGUCGACAGUGGGAGCAAAGACGAGGAAAACCGAGAGUCAGGACCAUAAGACGGCGGAGGACAAGAAAGCAACAGAUGGGGGAGAAGGACAGACAGAAGAAACGAGGAGGAGGGAAAGAGGUGUAGACCCGGAGGUAGAAGGAAGGAGGGUAGUUGGAGAAAAAGUAAUGGAGAUGAAGGGAAGAAAGAGGGGAAGAGAGGAGGAAGAGAAGAUGACCACCCUGGAUGAAAGUGUGGAGGGAAGGAAGAGGAAGGGCGUGGAGGAAGAGGAGAAGAGUGGAGAAACGUCAAAACUCAGAAAGAGAACAGAGAAAAAGGAAAAUAAUGGAGAGACGGCACAGAAGGCAGAGGAGGAGAAAAAAGACGAGGAGCGACAGCGCCACCUGGCGGACCGGAGGGACGUCCUGCUGAAGUCCCUAAAGGGCCUGAUGGAGGACGGGGGCGGAGCCAGGAGGAGGAGCUCCCGGGCGACGGCGGACGGACAGAAGAAGAGCGAGGACGACAGGAGGACGUCCCUCAAGGCCACAGCAGAGAUGAAAGAGAAGGAUGAGAAACCCAGUCAAACUGGAAGAAAAGAGGAGAAGGUGUCCACCCGAACUGCAGCGGCAGAGAGGAGGAAGGAUGGACAGAAGACAGACAAGAAGACAGAAAAGAGGGGAGCCGAGGAAAGAGUGUCGACAGAGAAGAAACAAGACGAACAAAAGACAGAGAAAGAUAAGAAAACAAAUAAAGAUGAUGAAGAGGAGGGGAGACUUAAACGAAAGACGAAUGCAGAAAAGAAAGAAGUUGAGCAGACGAAAGACAAUCAGAAGGACGAGAAAGAGGACAAAAAGAUGUCCACCCGAAAGUCAGACGUGAGAAAUGAAAAGAAGAUUGAGAAAGAUGAGAAGAGGGCGAGAGAAACGGUGGAGAAGAAAGAUGAAUGCAGGGCGGAAAAAGCGGGUAAAACGGAGAAGAAGAAAGAGACGGAGGACAAAGACGAGAAAAAGAUGUCCACCCGAAAGUCAGCGGCAGAGCUGAGAAGAGAUGAAAAGAUGACGGAGAAGGAUGAGAGGACAGCGGAGAGGAAGAAAGACGGCAGGAAGGAAACUGGGGAGGAGAGGAAAGAUGAACAGAAGCAAGAAAAGAGUGAGAAAACGGAGAGGAAGAAAGAAACAAAUAAAAACGAGGAAAAGAAGAUGUCCACCAGAAAGUCCACCUCAGAAGUCAAAAUAGACGGAAAGAGGACGGAGAAAGAGGAGAGGACAGCGGAGAGGAAGAAAGAAAGCAGGAAGGAAACGGUGGAGGAGAAGAAAGAUGAACAGAAGCAAGGCAGGAGUGAGAAAACAAGUAAAACAGCAGAGAAGAAGAAAGAAACAGAGGUGAAAGAGGACAAGAUGUCCACAAGAAAAUCAACAAAAGAAGAUGAAGAGAAGACGGAGGUGGAGAAGAAGAAAGAAGGGAGGAAGGAAGCAGAAAACAGGAAAGAGUCGGACCAGAAAACGACAAAGAAAAGAGAAGAAGAGACAGAAAAGGGCGAGAAAACAAGAAAAACAGCAGAGAAGGUGAAAGAGGACAAGAUGUCUUCGGGGGAUGAGAGAGGCGGACAAAAGAAAGAGGAGAGAACAACUGAGAAGAGAAAAGAAAACAGGAAGCCGACGGAGGUGAAGAACGAUGAGAAGACGACAAGAAAACUAGAGAAGAAGAACGAAGCAGAGACGGAGGACAAAAUCUCCACCCGCAAGUCAACGGCGGAGGAAAAGAGGGAUGAAGAGCGGACGAAUAAAGAAAAGAAAACGGAAGCGAAGGAGAAGACGGAGGAGGAGGAGAAGAAGAAGAGCGACGACACCAAGCAGCAGAAAGAAGAAGAGAAGAAGGAGGAGAGGAAGAUCAUCGGGAAGAUCGUGAAGGCGGGUCAGGGGACGAGGGUGAUGGUGAAGACCAUGAUGGGGGGAGCGGUGGCGGCGCUGGAGGAUGACAGGAAGAACAGGAGAGCAGAGGAGGUGAAGAGAAGAGGAGGGGCCGACGCCGAGAAGACGAGAAAACCCUCCGAUGACGAGAAGACAAGAAAACCCUCCGAUGACGAGAAGACAAGAAAACCCUCCGAUGACGAGAAGAAGUCCCAGAGAACGAGUUCAGUGGCGAACGACAGGAAGGAGAGAGGAGUAGCAGAGACGGAGAGACGGAGGGAGGGCCGGAUGAAGGAUGGAGAGAGGAGGGAGGAGGUGGAGAGACCAACCCGGGAGCUGAGGAAGAAAGACGACAAGAGGGAGAAAUCCGAUGGAGAGAAGGAACGAAGAACAACAGAAGACCCGAAGAAGAAGAAGACGGUGCCAUCCGAAGAUGAGCGGGAAAAGAAGAGAAGAGAGGCGGAGCCACAGAAGAAGAGCAGGGAGGCAGAGCCGCAGAAGAAGAGCAGCGAGGCGGAGCCGCAGAAGAAGAGCAGGGAGGCAGAGCCGCAGAAGAAGAGCAGCGAGGCGGAGCCACAGAAGAAGAGCAGGGAGGCGGAGCCACAGAAGAAGAGCAGGGAGGCGGAGCCACAGAAGAAGAGUUCGGAGGCGGAGCCGCAGAAGAAGAGUUCGGAGGUGUCGCUGACGGACUCCACGCUGCAUAGGAUCCACGGAGACAUCCGGAUCGCCCUGAAGAACGACAGUCCGGAUGUGGGCAAGUGUCUGGCGGCGCUGGACCAGCUCGGUAUGCUCUUCCUGACGUCUCGACACGUGCAGAGACACAGCGAGCUCAUCGCCACGUUGAGAAAGAUGCGGUUCUACCGGGCCAGCCAGGCCAUCAUGGACAAAGCGUCCAUGUUGUACAACCGCUUCAAGAACACCUUCCUGGUGGGGGAGGGGGAGGAGGUGGUGAGCGCCGCCUUCCUGCGAUCGCUGCUGCAGGAGAAGGAGAGGGAAGAGGCGCAGCGGGCGGAGCAGCGGAAGGGGGCGGAGCCUCCGGAGGGGGCAGAGCCUCCGGAGGGGGCAGAGCUGCUGCAGGAGAAGGAGAGGGAGGAGGCCCAGCGGGCGGAGCCUCUGGAGGGGGUGGAGCUACUGCAGGAGAUGGAGGAGCAGAGGGCGGAGCCUCCAGAGGGGGUGGAGCUACUGCAGGAGAAGGAGGCUCAGCGGGCGGAGCCUCUGGAGGGGGCGGAGCUACUGCAGGAGAAGGAGGAGGCUCAGCGGGCGGAGCCUCUGGAGGGGGCGGAGCUACUGCAGGAGAAGGAGGCCCAGCGGGCGGAGCAGCGAAGGGGGGAGGAGCUGAUGGAGGGGGCUGCACCGAAGGAGGAGACAGGUCCAGUGUGCUCCUCCUCCUCCUGAUGGGUCCUGAAGCCCCGCCUCCUGCAGGGACGUGUCCUCAAACCCCCGCCAUCCGUCCGUCCAUCUGCAUUUCUUCACGUCCCGCCAUCACCAGGUGGUCCAGGUCCAGGUCACAUGACCAGGUGGUCCUUCAUAUUUAAGCCCCGCCCCCAGGGGCAGCAUUACCCCCCACAGUGGUGCUGUAACUUUAUCUGAGUCCAGCAGCAUUAACCCAGCAGCAUUAACCCAGCAGCACCGCCGCUGCCUUGCUCAGGGGCAGCGGCGGUCUGUACAACUUGUACAGGAAGAUUUUAAUGUUUUAAUUGUUUGGGAUGUUUUUACCUGUUUUUUUUUUUUUUUUUGGUUCUUUUUGGUGAAAAACACUUUUUACAAACUUCUCUGUAAAUAUGUGAUAAAUAUGUGACACUUUAUUUCCCAGAAGCCCUUGUGGUGCUUCGUCUGGGGACUUGACUGAAUAAAGCAACUG